AUGUCCGAUGACCUAGCAGACUUCCUAACAGCGUGGGACUUAUCCCAAUAUAUUGAUACGUUUCGAGCUAAUGAUAUUGACAUGAAGACUCUUCCAUGUUUGACAGAAAAUAUGAUAAAAGAACUGAUUCCUGUAAUAGGCCAUAGAGCAAGAUUUUUGUCAAAUUUAGAGCAGUGGAAAUUAAUUAUUCAAGGAUCAAUGCCUAGCAUUAAUGAAUCAUCAUCUAUUGAUAUUGGAACGGAUAUUUUAUUUGUUGAUGACAUUUCAAGUAUACCUAGCCAAAGCUCUUCAGCUGAGUCUGUUGAUCUCUCAAAUCUUCCAAAUCUCUCAAAUAUCUCAUCAUCAUCUAAACCUACAGAACUUUUAGAUUUGCUUAAAACUUCUAAUGAAGGAAACUCUUUAUUAGCUAGUUACCAAAAAAGUGGUCUAUUAGACAGCAUUGGACGCAGACGUCUUUGUAGUUUAAUUAUAAAUAAUGAAUUAAGCGCUGAUGUUAAUGCCAGAAUUAGUUCAUUCAGAUUACAAGAGCUUGCCUAUCAAAUAACUUUAGUCUUCAACAAAGAACGAACACCAACAUAUUUCAUACCAUACUUAUCAUAUGGACCCGGGUUAAAAAGAGCUGCAAAGGGUAAGCUAUUCGAUUGUCUUAACAAUCGGAAAAGAGAGUUUCGUAAAUCUGGGAUUAUAAGAUCAUCAAGAAGAAAUUCAACAACUUCAUCUUCAUCUGGUCGUGCUUCACCAGCUGUAUUACUCCCAGAAACACUACAACAUUCAUUAGAGAAUCAGGUAGAAGAAGCAACUGUUGAAGAAAGUUUGAACUGGCUGCGCAAUUCAAGUGAUCCUUGGACACUUGUCGAACAACAUUGGUUAUUAACUGCUCUCACUCGUUUAAAAGUACAAUUGUCAAAGGAUGGACAAUCCAUUGCAUCCUAUAUGGCUGAAUAUCCGGCAUUAAAAAGACCAACAGGAUAUUUUCUUAUUUUAAAAGAUUUCAAUGUGGUGUAUCCUAAGUAUUCUGACAAUUUGUAUCAAAAUCUGCCAUUGUGUAAAAAAAGAAUAUUUGAAUUAGCUGCAAAAAAAUUAGAGAAAACCAAAGAAGUUGCAAUUAUUCAGACUUUGAAAGAGUACAUACAAUUGGGAGUGGAAGGUAAUGAAGAAUCUUCAAACAUUGCUGCUUUUUUAAGUCUCCCUUUCCUAAUUGCUUCGGCCAUUUCUAGAGGAAAAAAAUCAAAUACUCAAUGGAAAGCUUCAAAACUUGAAGUAAGAGACGGAUUCAUUACACAUGUCAAAAGCAACGCUGAAGUACAGGAAACAAUAACACGUAGAAGAGAAAAAUUUAUCGGUUUGGGUCACACUUUACAACCAUUCAUUAUAAUAGUUGGUCCUACUCUAAACAAUAUUUUAAACUAUUUUGUUGUUGUUGAUGAUACAUUUUAUCAAUUAAAUUCCAUAAUUGAUUCAGUAGACUGUUGCUUCAAAAUAAUAAUAACUUUCAAUGCAGAAUAUCCAGUUGAGUGUGAAGUGAUUUGGCACUUUAUUCAAAAAGGCUUAUUUAAAUUAGAAACUCCAUUUGACAAAAACUUUACAGCUGUUAAUGCUUUUAUUUCUGAUAUUGGAAUGUAA